GGGAAACUUUGGAUAAGUAUUUAAAAAAGCACAGUUUCUGCUGUGAGUGUGCUAACAUGGUGAAAAGAGCGUUUUCUCUGCUGAUAGAAGAAGGAAAGGAGCCUGCUAUAGCAGCUGGUGAGAAGACUGCGGUGGAUAAUACGGAUGAGGAUGGAAGGAAACUGAACGAUGACGGAUCUGUGAACCUGUUCUCCGGUAUAUCCGCCUGUACUAAGGACGGGCAUGUUCAUGUUCAAUGUGAUCCUGGUUUUAUAUCUCAACUACUUCUACUGGCUGAACCUGAACUCUCGGGUUUGAAGCAGGAGAGACAUGCUAAAACAAUAGAGAUAGCUCAGAAGGAAGUUCUUAUUUGUAUUGGGAUUACGCUUUUCAACAGAUUCCAUAGAAUUCAACAGAAACUCAAGUAAGAUAUUUUCAAUAAGAACUAAGGAGAGUAGGAUUGG